CCAAAAACAAAAUGGCAACGUCCAUGGGCAGAGUUUUGGUCCACAGUGUCGUGAAAUCUCUCUGUAGAAAAGGAAGGACAAGACAUUGUCUUCGGAUACGGAGUGGACGGUGUUGCUGUCUGGUUAUUGCCAUGGUAAUGAUAAUGUCGUCCCUGGUAUUGCGGGGAGUUGUAGCCGUCAUCACCCCACAACCGUACUGCUACUGGCCCUGGCCCAUCCACCCUCUCCUAACACAGCCGCAAAGAUACUGCAGUACAGCUGCAGCUGUAACACCUGCCAACAACCCGCUGCUGAGACACGAGCACCUGCCAGAGUUCCAGGCCAUCAAGGCUGAGCAUGUGGUACCAGCUGUGAAGACACUGGUGGAAGAACUGGAGACGGGGGUUGGAAAACUGGAGAACAACAUAGAAGAUGUGAGUACAGUGACCUGGCCUACACUAGUGGAGACCCUGGAAAGACUGUCCUUCCCUCUGGAGUUUGCCUGGGGUGCUGUUUCACACCUCAAUGGUGUCAAGAACAACGAUGCACUCAGAGAGGCUGUGGAACAGGCACAACCAUUGGUAGUUCAGAUCACCAGCAGAGUGGCUCAGAGCAGACCUGUGUUUAAUGGACUCAAGGCCCUACAGACAGGUCCAGCCACCCUGGAUGGUCCCCAGGUGAGAAUCCUGGACUCAGGUGUAAAAGGUGCGCGGCUUGGCGGGGUGGACCUGGAGGGGGAGGACAAGGAUAACUUCAACCAGAUCAGGAUGAAAAUGGCCAUGCUUGGUCAGCAGUUCAGUAACAAUGUGUUAGACUCUACCAAGGCGUUCUCCCUGACAGUGACAGACAAGUCCCACAUGGAUGGAGUACCAGACUCCUUACUACACCUCACAUCAUCAGCUGCUGCACAGGACAAGGACAGUGUUGACCCAGAGAAAGGGCCCUGGAAGUUGACCCUUGACAUGCCGUGUUUCGAGCCUUUUAUGAAGCACAGCCGUAACCAGACCCUGCGGGAACAGAUGUACCGUGCUUACAUCACACGUGCUUCACACGGCGACCACGAUAACACAGGAGUCAUCGAAGACAUCAGGAAACUACGAAAAGAACAGUCUGCCCUUCUGGGCUACGCGACCUUUGCCGACCUCUCUCUGGACACCAAGAUGGCCGACAGCGUACAGGAAGUGAUGUCACUGCUGCAGAGUUUAAAGGUAAAGAGUAAGCCCGCGGCAGAGAAGGAGUACGCCCAGCUGGAAGAGUUUGCCCGCAGUAACGGCCAUGAGGGGAAACUGAACCUGUGGGACCUGUCAUUCUGGUCUGAGAGACAGAGGGAGCAACUCUUCAGCUUUAGUGAAGAAGAACUUCGUCCUUAUUUCCCACUAGAAAGAGUCCUGAGCGGUAUGUUUGAGCUGUGUUCACACCUGUUUGGGAUCAAGAUCCAGGCGGCAGAUGGAACGACAGAGGUUUGGCACGAGGAUGUUCGUUUCUUCAACAUCCUGGAUGAACAAGGUGACCACAUCGCCUCCUUCUUCCUGGACCCAUACUCCCGCCCACAUGAGAAGAGAGGUGGAGCAUGGAUGGACUCAGCACUCGGAAGAAGCCUGGUGAUGCAGACCAAGCCUGUAGCUUACCUGGUGUGUAACCAGAGUCCACCGGUCGGAGACAAACCUUCUCUCAUGAACUUCCGGGAGGUGGAGACAUUGUUUCACGAGUUUGGCCAUGGACUCCAACACAUGCUGACCAACGUUCCCUAUCACGAUGCGGCUGGGAUAAACAAUGUAGAGUGGGAUGCAGUGGAGGUGCCUUCUCAGUUCAUGGAGAACUGGGUAUAUGACUGGGACACCAUGCAGCACAUCAGUGGACAUUACCAGACAGGGGACACCUUACCGAGGGACCUGUUUAACAAACUUGUGGAUGCUCGCAAAUACAUGGCUGGGUCCGGGAUGUUGAGACAGUUAUAUUUCAGUGCCCUGGAUAUGGAACUCCAUACUAGUUCCGACCCGUGGCAGACUGUUAUGGACAGAGUAGCGGCGGAGUACACAGUCCUGCACCCACUGCCAGAGGACAGGUUCCCCUGCUCCUUCCAGCACCUGUUUGGCGGCGGCUACGCGGCGGGGUACUACUCCUACAAGUGGGCUGAGGUCAUGGCUGUCGACGCAUUCGGAGCUUUCGAGGAGGCUGGACUCGAAAAUAGGGACAAACUGGCUGAUAUUGGGAAAAGAUUCAGAGAAACCAUUCUUGGUCUUGGAGGAGGAACCCACCCUAAAGAUGUCUUCAGACAAUUCCGAGGAAGAGACCCACAACCAGACGCACUGCUCAGACUAUAUGGACUUUCAUAGAACAACAAUCAUGUAUUAUAUAGACAUAAUUCAGUAAAAAAAAACAGAGAGCACAAAAAAGCAAACCUUAAGAACUGUCACUUGAUAGCACAUCUUAAGUUUUCAAAUAUCACUCAGUGAAAAAGUUAAGUGCUACAUUUUGUAUAUGUAAGGGUUCAACUUGGUUCUUUUCUUAUUUGGUGACGGU